AUGGUUGCUAUGGACGCAACUGCCUUUGAAAAUGCAACCAACCAGACCAGCGCGCUGCCAAGCUACGCUGCAGUUGCUGUUGAGAACUGCACGGACGACGUGCACGGACUCAGGAAAUCCUACCUGCCACCCUUGUAUGGCAUGAUCUUCUCCGUGGGAUUCCCAGGCAACAUCAUGGCGAUUUGCGUGUACACAUUCAAGAUGAGGCCCUGGAAAAGCAGCACCAUUAUCAUGUUCAACUUGGCCUGCACAGACCUCCUGUACUUAUCCAGCCUUCCUUUCUUGAUUCACUACUACGCCAAUGGAGAGCAUUGGGUCUUUGGAGACUUCAUGUGCAAGUUCAUCCGCUUUGGUUUCCACUUCAACUUGUACAGCAGCAUCCUCUUCCUGACCUGCUUCAGCAUCUUCCGAUACAUUGCAAUUGUCCACCCAAUACAGUCUUUUUCCGUUCGGAAAAAGGCAUGGGCUGUUGCGGCCUGCGUUGCAUCUUGGGUAAUAUCGCUGCUGGCCAUGGGUCCUCUCAACUUUUUGUUUACUUCGACGAUGGAGGAGAACAAAUCUCUUUGCCUCGACCUUACCAGUUCUGAAAACGUGGAUGUUAUCCGGUGGUACAACUGGUUUUUAACUGGCCUGGCCUUCUACUUGCCAUUAAUAACGGUGACACUUUGCUACACUGUGAUCAUCUAUACCUUGGCUACAGGGCCCCACACUCAAAACCCUUAUAAGCAGAAGGCUCGUAGACUUGCAUUUUUCCUCCUGGUAGUCUUUUAUGUGUGCUUUCUACCUUUCCAUAUUUUUAGGGUUGUUCGGAUUGAACUAAGGCUGUACCGAGUCAGCUGCGAUAUUGAGAACCAUAUCCAUGCUGCCUACAUUCUAUCCAGGCCGCUGGCUGCCCUGAACACCUGUGGAAACUUGUUACUUUACGCCAUAAUCAGCGAUAAUUUCCAGCAAGCCGUUCAGUCUCUUCUGAGAUGCAAGUUGAGCCACUUAAUGCAACAGACAGGGGGUAGCAGUGACUUCAAUAGAUCUGGGAUAUUAAAAUUGUGAACGGAUGCAUUUCUCUUCAGAAGCUCUGGUACCGGUUGUCUCCUAAAACAAGUUAGAAAGAGGCUGCACACAGCUGCCAAGUCUUAAGAGUGGCUUUUAUCAGGGGUGUGGAACCACCCUAUCUCACUCCAGAUGUUGUUGAACUACAACUCCCAUCUUCUCCGACCACUGCUCAUGCUGGCUGGGGUUGAUGAGAAUUGGAGUUGAGCAACAUCUAGAGGAUCACAGGUUCUCCAUCUCUGGCUCAUAUGAACCCGAUGAGUAAAGCAGCCUCAUAGGACAUGGGCUCUUCCAAGUGUCUUUGGGAAAGCCU